AUGGCUUUUAAGAGGAAAUUUGACUCUGACAUCCCAGAUGGUAUGCUGACAGUUCUGAGGUUACUGCAUAAUCCACCUUUAGAAGAAGAAAUCCUUAACAAGGUCGCCAAAGGAUCACUGCAUGAACUGACUCCAUCAGAGUCAAGUAACCUGUGGGUUACUUUGAGUGAAAACUUGAAAGCUUACUUCAGGAACAUGUUUUUGCUGAGAGAUACCGACAAUCAUGAUGACAAGGAAUAUAUAGUAAAGAAAAUUGGUGCCUAUCCUUUUAUGACAACUCUAUUUUUCCUGCUAAAAAUGACAAUUCAGGGGAAAACUGAGAACAGCAUUCCUUUGGCUGCAGCACAUACAAUGCUAGUUUUGAGUUCGAUGUUGAAGAAGUUGAAGACAGAUGGGCAGGUUGACAAUGAAAUGCUGCAAAUCAGUGCAUUAUGGACUGAAAGGAAACUGGCAUCAAAAGAGAAUCUGUGUUUCACAACAUUCCUAAACAGAUUGGUCCAUUCACUGAGAGAUAAUGCCACGGAAGAGGACAUAUGCAAUGUUUAUAACUUGCAAGAAUGGCUCUGUAUAAGUGACAUCCGAAAAGGGAGCUGCUCACAUAUUGUGAGAGCAAUGAAGAGUGUAAAUUACCUCAAAUCUCCACGAGGUCGUUCUUUUCUGUCAUUUGCAAUGACACAGGAUGAGAAGCUAAUGGAGGACCUACACAGAUCCUGUAAGUCCCACUUAUCUGGCUGCUCUCAGGCAGAGUCAAGAGCUUAUGGCCUAAUAUACUUAGAGGCAUGGCGCACCGUCAGUGUGAAGAAAAGAAAGCAUAUCGAAGAGCACUGCAUCCGUGACCUGAUGGAGCUUGCCGUGACGUUACCUCGAAAAGGAACUGAAAUGAGCCCCUCUGGCUUAAAUGUUCUGACAUUUCUUCAUGAAUUCCAUUCAUGUAAAAGCUGUGAUGCCAUUUGUGAAAUGCUUACAUCUCAAUAUGAUCUGUUCCUGUGGAAACAGCUUCAGAGCUCCAGCAGUAAUGUCAAGUGUAAUGCUACAGAGAUACUGGCUGAUGCCUACCCUUUGGAAAGACCCAGGCAGGAUAUUGUGAAAAACAAUGAGUAUCUCGCUAAACAGCACAAUGUGUUCAGUGAUUUGCUGAUGGAUGUCAACCCUACUGUCAGGAGUGUUGCUUUCAGAAAAAUAUCCCAGAUAGCCUCAAAAUUUUGGGCCCACGUUCCUCCCAGUGUACUGCACCACUGGAUAUCAACAAUGAUUCUUCGGUUGGCAAAGAAUAUGGAAACUCCUCAAGUAAGGCAAAGCAUAUACCAGGGGCUACAUGUUCUUGUAGAAAAUCCCAAUCCUCUGUGUACGAAGAUUCUGGAGAAGAUGCUACCAGAGCUCAGAGAACAGAUCACUGAUGAUGACAAGAGGGUUCGCAUUGCCUUUGUUAAGUUGUUGCACGCCAUUAAGGAUGCAGGGAAUAUCGAACUUUGGAAUAUUGUUCCUCUUCACUGUUUGAUAAAUAGGCUUGAGGAAGAUGACUGUGAAGUCGGCGAGCUGCUGGCGCAGCUUUUGUGCAGUACAUGUUUUGCCAACAAUAAGAGCUUCAACACUACAGUGAACUGUAUAGGCCAGAUGGUAAACUUUAGCCAUGAAGGAACCUGCAAGUUCUUCUUACAUUCAAAGUCAUUUCUAAAAUUUCAUGAUGCUGUAAAACUUAUGCUAUUAAUCAUGGAAUGCUUGUUGAAGCAUAUCGAGAUUGAAAUUUUCACAAAAAAGAGACAGAGGAAGGACUCUACUCAACUCAGACCAAGACAUGUUUCUAAGAAAAGGAAGAGGAGGAGUAAAUUCAUUAAACUGGCUGCCAGAAUGAAGAAUGUGUGGGUGAAGGCUGUUAGAACAACAGGAGAUACUGAAAAACAAGAUUUUUGCUUGAGUGGCAGUGAUGAGGAGAUUGAAUUUUCCUCAAACUUGAGACGGACUUCCUGCAGUGACAGUGAUGAAGAAGCAGAUUUCGCACGGGAAAUGCUGCUGAGGGCUCCAGAGACUUGCCAAGGUCUUAUUGAUGUUUUUUGCAUCCUGUUUUAUGUACAUUCUGCUGAACGGAAAGGGAGAUGCAGCAGAACGUGGCAGAAAGUGUACAGAAUGUGCAAACAUUGUAUUCCAUUGUUUGCUGUGUAUUUUGCAGGCAGCUGUGCAUUCUCUUCAGUUAUUGUACUCAGCAGUCUUAUGCCAGCAACUCUACUAAGAAAGCUGUGUAUCCCAUCCAGUGUGGAAACAGUGUGGCUCUCAAAGCUGGAUUCACUCUCUGAUGAAGAUGCGAGCAGUGAGGCUGUCCAUCUUGCUUCAUUUAAGUGCCUCCAAAAUUAUGGACCUAAGUUCUUGCUAAUAGCAGCGAAUAUUUUUCGUACUGCUAUAGCUUUGAGGAUAGCUGCCAUCAGUUCACAAAAUGUGGUAUUUGAUGGAAAAUUAAAAAAAGUGCAGUAUAAAAUUGAAUCAGAGUCUAUUGCGGCCUCCAAAAUUCUUCUUACAGCAUUUGCAGCUUUACCAUUGCCAACAAAAAAUGUUGUACAACAUAGGAAGCAUAUCUAUGAUACGUGGAAGUCCAUGGAAACAAUAAAGGUGUUAGUUGAAAUUCGCUUGCAACAAGAGGCGUGUGUUCAGGAUCCAGUUGUAACUGACAGAUUCAUACAAGAGUGCUUUUGUUGCUACGUAAAGUUGAUCCCAGCAUUGGAAAAAACUACUAACUUUAAUAGCAUGGAAGAAUAUUUGAAGUUAAUAGACUGGGCCGACAGAAUUCUGGUAACUAGCCUUCCCAUGGAGUGUCCUUAUACCAAUGAACGUUCUCAUUUUGAAUGGCUUAUGAUGAACACCACAGGGCAAUUGACAGUUACUUUACUGAAUCAGAUUUUGGAAGCAUUACUGAUCAUGACAGACAAAGGACAGAUAUGUUUGUCACUUAUCCACAAAGGAGUUAGAAUUUGCAAAAAAGCACUGCGAACUGGUUGCAGGCUUAUGUUUGUUUCUUCUUGCAUAAAGUUUACAUCAAAGCUCUACGACAGUUUCAAGAGGAACUUGGAUGCGCGUGCCUUCUUUAAAACACAACACAUGCUCUUGCAUCUCCUUACUGACUGUAUAAGCAGUUUUUCUGACUGUAUACCUGUAAAGGACUACCUGAAACCUGGCCUAAAGGACUAUGAAGAAAUUGAGAGUAUUGUAAGGAAUGUAUUACUGUCUUCAAUGAAAUUGUGUGGUACAUCUGCCAAGCUGGUUACAAAUGUUGUAAAGACGUUUAUUGAUGUGAUUUUGAGAGUAAUGGAUAGAGAAGAGUCAGUGGUGUCAACCAGUGAGUUAAGAGAUGCCCAAGACCUGCCGUUUAUUGCAGCUAGAUUUGUGGCCCUCUUCUGUAGCUCACCUAACUUGUCUGAAGUCUUUCUGGUGACUCUUAUGCAUGUUAUUAGUGAAGAUUGUAAAGAGGCUCAACAGCUGAUAGCCGGCUUCAAGUUACUCCAUGUCCUCGUGUUGUGUGAUGGGUAUUUCAAACAUGAAAUCCUUACAGCAGCAAUAGGGAAGGCAGAGGCUGUUGUCAGAUGUAUACAGUCUACAAUUUUUUCCAGAACAGACAGGGAUUUGGUGGAGAUGAUGGAGACAGUUGUGAAAUCUGCGAAGCAACAUUUAUGUGUACAUGACAGUAAUCAUGAGAUUAGCAGUUAAUUCAUACAGUGUACAAAUGAAAUAGUGAUUGGGCUGCUGUUACACAUUUAUGCUAUAAAAUUCCCAUACCAAGCAUCCAUGUUCAACUGUAGAGAUGCAAGAAAUAGCAGUUAUCUGAGUGCAACUUGCUUGCUGAUUGCAAUUGUCCAAAUAAGGAAAGCCCCUAAGGUUUUUAUCAUUGCUUGGAACCAAUAGAGCUGGGUAUGUUUUUGA